AUGGGCUUCCCGGCUCCCUUCUGCACCGCGAUUAAAGCUCUAUACACAGACCUGAGAGCACAAACACUCAACACUGGGGUACCCAAGACCCCCGUCCCCUUAAGCCGCGGUACACGGCAGGGUUACUCAUUCUCACCACUGCUGUUUGCAGUCAACCUCGAACCACUGCUCCUGGCCAUUAGGUCUGAUCCAGAGAUCCGAGGCAUUGAACUAGCACACAAACCCUUUAGGGUCUCAGUGUACGUGAACAAUGUCCUGCUCACACUCGCUGACCCAGUGCGGAGCUUGCCACUGGGUCAGCGAGUAUAA